CCAGGGCGUCUUUUUGGAUAUCAAGCCAGGCUGGCAGCAUCAUGCCUCUCUCCGAGUUGGAGCCAAAUCUUAGCGGGCGUGCGAGCAGGGCAUCGUACACGUCCGUCAGCUCCCGAGGAACCCGAGGCACACGAAAGGCCCACCUCACACAGUCGGACUUGCUUUCCACCGGUGUCGUGUCUAUGCUUCGCACCUCAACGGAACUAGGAGACAUUGGCAGUUUGGCCGCGGGCAGCUCUUCGAGAAUUCCUCGACCAACUCAGCAACGACGAAGCAGUGGCAACACUUCGCGACUCUCGACCAGCUCGACUCAGACUCAGGCACCCAAACGACCAUCCAACCAUAACUCCCGUCCAUCGACAUCUUCCGCGCCUCGGAGAUCUAUCAACAGCAGUCUCAAUGUCCCUCAGUUCGUACCGGACACAUUAUCUCCGACUGUGAUGGACCUGCCGGGCUCAUCCCCUCUUAUCCCUCAUGCACGGAACGGCUCCAAGGACAAUCGUUCUUACUCACUAACCACGAAUGUAUAUGGGCCACCGUCGAGGUUGACAGGGCCUCGUUCCAUGACGAGUCUCCGCCAUAUGGAGCCUGUCCCGCGUGCUCGCUCCCCAUACAAAUAUCCUACUCGCCUCAAACGCCCAGGAUUCCGUUCGCCUUCUCCAGCCUUGAGCGACAUCACUGGUAUGCAGCACAGGAGAAUGUAUCAGGCUGGGAGUCACGUACGAAGAAUGAGAUUACAACCUCCCUCUAUGUCACCCCAUGACAUUGGCCCGUUUCCCUAUGACCCACACUUCGAUAGAUCUAUUCCGGCUGUCAUGCCCUUAGAUCUUGAUGUUCCCUUACCACCUCGUCAUCCAUUAAUGAUUCGGAAUGGAUCGGCACCCCUGCUCAGACCUGCAAGAUCUUUGAGAUCCGCAAAGUCGGUGAGGAGCAACCGGACAGUUGAGUCUGAUGGCCUGUCUUCUGGUCCUCCGUCAAUGGUACCUCCAACUCCACAAGGGUAUUCUCCAAUUGAAGUCAUGAUUCAUCCCGCCGGAAAUGCCUCCCAUGAUUCGCUGGCUGUCCGGGCGCCAUCAAUUGCUCCUUCCACCAAAAGUUCGGAGCCGCUGUAUUACGACUACAGUGAGCAUUUUGAGGACCUAAAGUAUAAAGAGUCCAUGACCCCACCUCCUCCAUCUACUGCUUUAGUUUCUCCCCUAGGUUUCGUCGAACGUAUCAAAAACAUCUUGAGCGAACAGGCUACAGCCAGAUUAGGCCCAGGUCCUGCUCAAUCAGAAGAUGACUAUUUUGAGGACAUUGCAGCGCUUGUCGAGUUGCCUGCUACUCCGCCACCACCCGAUACGUCUGAUUCAUCAUCACCCCUCGUAAAAGCCGUUCCGGACAUGCCUGAUCCAAUCGAACUUCCAGCAUCUCCAGUCCCAAGGCGUAUCACGAGAGAAAUGAUACUAGCUAUCAUCCAACCAUCCUCGGCAAAGGAACCUACAUCUAGUGUCGAGGUCAAGGUUAACAUUGAAUGUAUUCCGGAGUCUGCCUCCAGUCAUUCUUCAAGUGAUUCAUUUACAGGGUCAAUGUCCACGGCUCAAGAACAUCCACCAACACCGCCUCCAAAAGAUGACAACAGCCAACGUGAGAGCUCAGUGGGUGGAUUGAACUCAAGAGGUUCAAUCGCAGCAGCAACUCAAAGCGACACAACUCCGAGAUGCUCUUCACCUCAACAUCAUGAUUCGGUUAAAUCUAUAGCAACGUCCACUCUUGAGCAACACUUGGAGCCUCGGGUACCAGUUCCAAUUGCAUCUCUUCAAGUUCCUGCUAGCCCUGAGAAUCUAGAAAAGCCUCUCCCACCAACUCCGUCUACGGGAAUUAGCUCGUUCAAUUUCUCAUCAGUCCGGGCAAAAUCGAUGAUGUUGACUUCACCAAGCGCUCUUGAUGAAGCAAAGGCCAGAAAGUCGGCACCUUCCCUGAGAUCAUCAAAUGCGCAGGUCGAGAGGCAUGACCAGUCUGAUGUCUCGGUCGCGCUCAGCAUGCCUCCGCCUACUUCGUCUGUCAAAGUAUCCUUUCUUAAUGAGGUACAAACUCCACGUCCUGAUCGGUCACCAGAAAAGUCAGCGAAUGCCUUCAUGGAGAGUCCAGUGCCUAGCUCAAUCACCUUUGCGACAGAAGCAUCUACCCCUGGAAGUGCUACUGUUCAGUCAACCACAACCGUAUCGGUACCUGCAAAGUCUUUCGGUUCUCGUGAGGUGAAGGAUGCAAAGGAGACAAGGGAUAGCAACAACACAACAACUCAUCUUGUUUGGCCCAUUAAAAGGCAGUCUUUUCCUUGCUUUGACACGAGAGACGAGGAAGAUCCGUCAAGAAACUCCACAUACAAGGAUAACAGCAUCGUCAACGACCUGAGAUUAUCAAACGCGCCACGGUACCCAAGUCAGCUAUCCGAUGUCAAAGAGGACCCUCUGGAAGAGAGUGCCCAAGACCUUCGAGCUUCUACCAAUUUCAAAUUCCCUCUCCCUCGUGGAAUGGGCAGGGGAGUGUCUUUGGAGGAAAUAUAUUACAGGGAUUCGACUACAACAGGAACGGGAACGACUACAGCGAGGAAUUCUGCAGCUACUCAUAAGUCAAAUCUUGCUGACACUCGUCUCAUCCCGUCUAUGAACUUCAGCCGCAUGGAUCUUUUUACGAAGCUCAAUGAAGCUCUAGAAGAUAGAGCCAAUGAAGUUGUGGACGGGCGGGGUGCCUUGUCAAUGGAUGGCGCUCCGGCUGAACUCCAUCAACGGCGGUCGCUUGAUUUGGGAAGACCUCAAUCUUACGGGCCGAUGCGGGAAAAGUACAGAAGCUUCUUUGCUAGCCUGGAUGAGCUCGGAAAGGACAGUGGGCCUGCACCAGAGUUGUAUCCGAAGACACCGGAGAUUGUGCAGCCUGGACCAGAGGAAAAGAAAAGUGAGGAAAUGACAAACACUUCCAUUGACCGGCGGCCUUACUCUCCUGAAGACCUGCUUACGGAAGUCGAGCGACUUUCUAUACCGUCUGUCUCAGGGCUCACCCAGCGCCUCUCUGAGCUCAUUCCUGAACUGAGAAGUCACGGCAGCAGAGAAUAUGUUGAUGACAUCGAAACGAUGAUUCAAGACGAAGAGCUGAAAGAAGAUGUCGAAGAAAUUCGCCAUGUGGGAGAUAGACCAGGUCUUCUGAACAACAUGAAGUCCUCUGCGCGACUACGAGCUCUUCCAGGGAAGAACGUACUGGUGGUCAUUGAAGAUGACGUCUAUGAAGAGCUGACGCAGGGAGAAAAAUGCGCCGGUAGUCAAGGAUCAGGGUCUCAAAGUCAUAUGCCUCAAAAGCAAAGCAAUGCUUCGUCAAAAGGGCAUCGGCUCGAUAGGAAGGAUUCCGUGGCCGAGUUUUUUGAAGACGGUUUAACGCCAGCGGGGCUAGAAGUACCUGCACCAGCUCAUGUACGUGCGACCAGCGCCAAGGACGUAGAUAGACAUGAUCAAAAAACACCGCAGAGGAGCCCUAUGAGUUUCAAGCCCUGGAAUCUCGGCAUGAAGUUCCCUUGGAAUGAAAGCACAUCUGGUAUUGACAUAACCUUUCCGGCCAAAAUCCACACCCGGGAUGCUCCAAGCUCUCGUCAGUCAAAACUGAGGGAUCGUCUCUCUCUAUCCUCAGAAUACUUGACUGACGUUACGAACAACGGUAUUGGAGAGCAUACCUGCUCGACUGAUGCUGCCGACUCUCCAGAUACUUUCAAGCACACCGCGAAGGGCAGCAGACCGAGCGUUCUCGGUUCCAUCUCCCGCAGAGUCGGGCGAUCUCUCGGCCUGGAUAAUAGCGGGACGUGGAAUGGCUUCGAUAGCACCGUUACAGAAGAUCAGGCUCAUGAUCCGGGCGACCGUUAUCCAACGACGAGUCUGAGCCCACCAGCUCAUUUCAAUCUUGACGAAGUUCGUAGCUUCUUCUCUGAUGACAGCUCUCACCGUCGUACUGGCAGCAACUUCCGCAGGCGUCUAACGCAUUUGAGACUGAAAGUUGCCGCGGCGCCUCGCGCACAGACAGCCAUGGACAUGCGUGGUGCAAAUCCGGAAAACAACGGAUCGAUAACAGACUCGAGGAUCGGAAUGGGCGGCAGCGUCCAUACAUAUGAAGGCACGACAGGCAUGCCACGGUCGGAAUACAGGACUAAGAAGUUCUUCGACAAGAUCAAGGAAGUUUGGUUCCGCACUGGCGAACUGCUGAGGAAUAUGAGCGGGAAACGAAGAGCUGAGAAGCAAGAGACGCGUGAGUGGCUGCAAGACAGCGACCUCAACCUCGGAACUUACACGGGUGCUUGA